UUCAGCCAAACCAUUAGCACAAAAAAUAAGACAAUUGGUUAAUUGUUGAGUUUAGAAUUUUGAUGAUGAAUAUAUAGUGAUUAUGAUGUAAUUGAAGUGAUUAUGAUGUAAUUGAAGUGAAUUUUGAUGAUGAAUAUAUGGGAUUUUGAGUCUGGUGACGCUCUUUCAAAUGUUAAGAAGCACUUUCUUAAGCAGAUGUGGAAGGCAGAAAUGAAAACUUGAGCAGCAAGAAAGGGGAAAUUCUGAGCUUUUAUAGUUUUUUUUUUUGUCGAAAAGCUUUUAUAUUUUACAUCUGAUGUUUCAAAUGUUAGUAUGCAAAUAUUUGCAGGUGGCCUUAUUUUGUUUGCAAACUGAAUGAUUCAUUUUUUGCAGCAAUUCUUUUCAAACAGAUUGCUCAAAUUUGACCAUGAAAAGGAGGCUACUGCAAAGUAGUUGUAUCUUCGACCAAAAUCUGAAAAUCACCCAGUUGGGAAGAUGCGGUCGGAUCGAAGAUGCCAUCAAAAUUUUCUUAAGAAUGUCCAAAAAGAACACUGUCACGUACAAUUCAAUGAUAUCUGCCUAUGCAAAAAAUGGCAGGGUUGUAGAUGCACGCAAUCUGUUUGAUAAAAUGCCUACCAGAAAUUUAGUGUCUUGGAAUACUAUGAUUGCUGCUUAUUUGCACAGUAAUAAGGUUGAUCACGCCUAUGGUAUAUUUGUUAAAAUGCCUCACAGGGAUAUUUUCUCGUGGACUUUGAUGAUCACUUGCUAUACCCGUAACGGGAAGCUCAAGAAUGCCAGGCAACUUUUGGAUUCACUUCCUUGUUGCUAUAAGAGAGAUACGGCUUGUUGGAAUGCAGUGAUUGCUGGCUACUCCAAGGAAGGGAGAUAUGAUGAAGCCAAGAGGCUGUUUGAUUCUAUGCCUGUUAAAAAUUUAGUUUCUUGGAACUCGAUGCUAGCGGGGUACACGAAAAAUGGACACAUGUGUUCGGCUUUGAAGUUUUUUCAAGAAAUGGUCCAUCGCGAUGUUGUUUCGUGGAAUUUGAUGGUGGACGGAUUCGUUCAACUUGAUGAUUUGGAUUCUGCUUGGGAUUUUUUCGUGAAAAUUCCGGAGCCAAACAUCAUUUCUUGGGUUACAAUAUUAUGUGGGUUUGCAAGAAAAAGAAAUGUUUUGGAGGCUAGGAGGAUUUUUGACCAAAUGCCUAGUAGAAAUGUGGCAUCCUGGAAUGCAAUGAUUUCAGCAUAUGUUCAGAACCACAAAAUUGACGAGGCUGCUAAGCUAUUUGAAAAGAUGCCGAGGAGAGAUCCUCUUUCAUGGACCACGAUGAUUAAUGGAUAUGUUCGUGCUGGCAAGCUUGAUAAGGCAAGGAAAACAAUAAAUGAAAUGCCUUACAGCGACAUUGCUGCCCAAACAGCAAUGAUAUCUGGUUAUAUUCAAUGUAAUAAAAUAGAUGAAGCUUGUCAAAUCUUCAGGGAGAUAAGUAACCCUGAUUUGAUUUGCAUGAACACUAUGAUUGUAGGCUAUACACAAUGUGGAAGAGUCGAUGAAGCUAUCCGUCUAUUCGAAAAAAUGGUCAAAAAGGACAUAGUUACAUGGAAUAAUAUGAUUAUUGCGUAUGCUCAAGUAGGACAAAUUGAUAGAGCUCUGAGCAUCUUUGAAGAGAUGGAAGAGAGGAAUUUAGUUUCCUGGAAUUCCUUAAUUUCGGGUUUCAUGACAAAUGGGUCAUAUUUGGAUGCUCUAUGGUGUUUUGUUUUAAUGCAAUCUGAAGAAGAGAAACCUGAUCAAUUUACUUUUGCUUGUGGACUAAGUACUUGCGCUACUGUUGCAGCUCUGCAAGUUGGCCAGCAGCUACACCAUCUCCUGGUUAAGCAAGGUUAUGUGAAUGACUUAUGCAUCUGCAAUGCUUUAAUCACCAUGUAUGCUAAAUGUGGAAGAAUCUUGGAAGCUGAGCUCGUAUUCAAGGGCAUUGAGCAUGCUGAUGUGGUGUCUUGGAACUCCUUGAUUGGUGGGUAUGCAUUAAAUGGUUACGGAGAAGAGGCAGUUAAGCUGUUUCAGGAGAUGAAGUUAGCAGGAGUGGCGCCUGACCAAGUCACUUUCAUUGGAGUCUUGUCUGCAUGUAGUCACGCUGGCCUUGUUAAUCAGGGUUUGGAAUUGUUUCAAUGUAUGACUCAGUUUUAUGCAAUUGAAUCACUGGCCGAGCACUAUGCUUGCGUUGUUGACAUGCUUGGGCGGGUAGGAAGGUUGGAUGAGGCCUUUGAAUUGGUGAAGAGAAUGAAAAUUAAGGGCAAUGCUGGUGUGUGGGGUGCGCUGCUCGGGGCUUGCAGAACUCAUGGAAAUUUGGAACUUGGAAAAAUAGCAGCUCACAAGCUUUUAGAAAUCGAGCCUGACAGGACAUCGCGUUUUGUACUGUUGUCAAACAUGCAUGCUCAGGCAGCAAGAUGGAGUGAAGUUCAGGAAGUAAGGACGUUAAUGAAAGAGAGCAGCUCGAGAAACCAACCUGGUUGCAGCUGGAUUGAAUUGAGAAACCAGCUACAUACUUUUCUCUCUGCUGAUUCAACUCUGCCCAUUGCAGCAGACCCUCGUAAGGUUUUGCAAACUUUAAUGGCUCACAUUACAAAUGAGACAGUUUCUUGCAGCGUAUGAGCGCACAAGAGAUGGCCAGUGAUGACAGGAAACGUAAGAACCAACUACCAAGUCAUCCUUGCAAGGAAAUCCACCAAAAAUGCAGUACAUUAGAAGUAGAUUAGUUUCUGAUGUCCAAUGCAAUGCUUGGAUUACUAUAAUUACUUGUAAUUUUUUCUUCCUAACUCUGAUGUAGAAACAGUGCAUGUAUAUAUUUAGAUCUGAUUUUUUGGAUUGUAUUGUUGUUAAGUAUCUAUAUGAA